AAAUAGCAGUCCCGGAGAGGCCUCAGAUGCUUUUGGCAGCUAGCUAGCGUGGAUAGAUCAGGACCAGGCAGGGAAGCAGACAUGACAGCCGUGGGGGAACUGAUGCUGCUGGUGCUGGGGCUGAUGGUGACGGCCCACUGUGAGGUCAGGGCUAGAGACCCUGAGGUGGAGGAAGAGGACCAAGGUUUGCCUGUGGAGAGAGGAGGCUGGGAUACCCAGGGGGUGGGUGUCCACCCUGGACCUGGGAAGUUUGACAUCCCCCACAUGAGGAAUGGACCCCAUGGCCGCAGACCUGACAUCCCUGGCUCUGCCCACCACCCCGUAAGGCACGGACCACAUGGGCAACCCCAUCAGGCUGGUCCUGGACAACACCCCCUGGGUCUGCUGCCCAAGGAGACUGCACCAGCACCAGGAGAGGGAGGGAGCUACCCAGCCCGCACCGGAAACUGGUGUGCAUUCGUGCACCGCCGCAUUGAAUCCAUUGUUGAAUCCUGUGGCACAGAAAAAUACACCAUCAAGUCCCAGAGCCCCUGUCCCAAUGGCACGCCUGACUGCCAGCUCGUCAUGUACAAGCUCUCUACCCGGCCAGUGUACAGAGAGAAGCAAAAGAUCUUCACAGCCCUGUUGUGGAGGUGCUGCCCAGGACACGGAGGGGAGAACUGUGAGGAAACAGUGUCUGACCCUGCGGACCCUACGGUGGCAGGACGACCACAUUCCGGAGACACUGAGCCUCACCACACAGGUGCACAGUCUAGACUCACCCACCAGGCUGAGAGGGAGCAGAAUGACUUCCAGGUGUCUGAGAAUCCUCUGCACGAACUCCAUGCCUCAGAGGCUGACAACAACAACAAACACACAGAGUCCCGAGAGUCCCCCUCAUACCCUCGACAGGCCCAGGAGCACAUCCCUCACCAUGGCUACGACCACCCCCACAACCCUAACCACCACCAGCGGGAUUUCAACCAUGGAGAUCCAAUCAGGGAUGAGGUGGAAGCUGUCCCUCUACUGCCCUACCAAGACUCCCAGUCUCCCCUCCCUCUGCUCCACAUGAUGGCCCUGCUAAUGUCCCAGCUCCAGCCCAUGUUGGAUGGCUUCAACCGCACCUUGGAGCACCUAACCCAGGAGGUUGAAGGUCUGUCCCGGGAUGUGGCUCUGCUCCAGAACUCUCAGUGGGAGGUAGAGGAGGCAGCCCUGCGCGGAGCAGGGGCUGGAGAGGGUCCCGAGGCCUUGGAGGUUAAGCUGGAGCAGAGUUUCCAAGACACCAAGGAGGUGAGGAGGGAACUGGAGAGACAGAGAGCUGAGAUGGCAGACAGGCUACACUCCCAGCAUGCCAUGCUGCACUAUAACAUCACCAAUUUCAAGACAGACAUUGAUGGCAAGAUCAAACGCAACCACAAGAUGUUACAGGUUAAUCUCCAGUCCAUGAAUGCCACCCUGUCAGACAUGAAGCUGGAGCAGGACCGUCUGAGUGAAGUGCUCCAGAGGCACCUGACCAACCCAGGGGCCAGGAGAGAACCCAGCCAGGUCCAUCCCAGUCAGGUCCAGCAGCCUCCAAAGGACUCAGCAGUGUGGGAGGCUAUCGCCCGUCUGGACAACAAGGUGGUCAACAACACAGUGAGGGUAAAUGCCCUGGUGGAAGACCUUGAGAUGGCCAAUGACAACGUCCUGGACCUGAAGAGGGGCUUCCGAGACCUUGAGGAGAACAUUGCCCAGACGGGGAGGAACAGCCAGAUCCAGUUCAUGGAGACGGGCCUGGAGGUGGAAGCAGCUAAAGUAGCCGUGCUGAACCGUGUCAAUGAACUGGCCAGCAACCUGACCAUCCACUCAGAGCAGCUGCAGGAGAUGGAGACUGACAUGGACUACCUGUACACACAAUUCUACCAGAACGUCAGCGCUGCCGGAGACUGUGACUGCAAGGCAUUCACCGCCUCCUUCUCCCGUCUGGAGCAGGGCCUGACCAACGUCACCGAGCUGGCCAACGACAAUCGGCUGGCCCUGGAUGGAAGCACCGAUGCUGGGUCGGAGCACUGGGGUCCCUCUGUGGACGACGUCAUGGCCUCCCUGGCCUUCGAGCAAGAGAAGAGCAGAACUCUCCAACACAACCUGACUCAGCUGAUGACCUCAGUCCUGGGCAGCCACAGGGACGUGCUCAGCCUGCAGGAGAGCGACAAGAGGUUGGAGGCUGAGAUGCGCCACCUCUCCAGCUCCUUUUACUCUUUGUUGAAGGACGCCAUCCGCCACACUGAAGUGCUGGAGAUGCUCCUGGGGGAGGAGGUGAUGGGGUUCAUGGACUGGCCCCUCCACAAACAGGAGGCUCACUCCAUCCCCGCGCUGCAGAAGAGGCUCCAGCACAUGCAGCACCAGAUCAGGGGCCAGAACCUCAGCCUCACCACCCUGCUGGACGCUGCCCGGGCAGAGGAAGUCCCAUCCUCAGACGAGCCCUCCGUGCUAGUAGACUUGGCCUCCCGCGGGCUGAAGAGGAGGAGUGGAGACCAGAGGAGUGACCACCUCAUGGACUCAGCAGCCUCUGAGGACCGGCAAGACUACUCGGACAGUGACCUGCAGAGCCUUGAGAAAGCAGUGGAGGAGCUGGGGGAGAAGGUCAACAGGCUGGAGUACAGGCCUUGCCCUGCCAGCUGCAACAUCACCAAAGACAGCACCUCUGGUGGUGUGGAGGCCAAAAUGCAGGUGGAGGUGGCCUGGCUGAGGAAGGGUCUAGAGAAUCAUCUGCGGCUCUUUAAGAAUGUCUUCAGUAACUCAGAGGGGCUGGCCGAAUCAGAGAGCACCCUGGACCUGGACCAGCUGUGGGCCCUGAUGAAGAGGAAGGAAAGGAAGAGAGAGAGGAAGCGCAAGGACAAGAAAGAGGGGAUAAAAGAUCAUAUUGGAGAGCGUGCUAACCUUCGCAGCAGGAGGGAUACAUCAGUUCUAUCCAAGCUGAGGGACAGUCCCCUGAUGUUUCUGGCCAGAAGCAUACAGCGCAGCAGACCAAGUGACAGCCUGCUGGUGUCGGGGGACACAUCCCUAAACCUCGGCCAGAUGUACUCCACUCACACUGGGAUGUUCCAAGCACCUUUAGCAGGGGUCUACCUCUUCGUGCUGACAUUGAACUUUGAACCUGGUCCCUCGCUAUCUGGGCUGAGGAGAGAGAAUGGGGAGCUGGCUGCCACUCUGCAUCAGGACAAGAUGGCAUCGUAUGGCCCCGUCACCCGCGUGUGUCUCCUACAGCUGCGGCAAGGAGAGGAGCUCCGCCUCGAACUGUUGGGAGGGAGUCUGGUGACUGAUGAACCUAACGACAACAUCUUCGCUGGGCUUCUCCUUCAUCACACCACCUGAGGGAGCUGUGGCCGGUCUGCAGUCAGAGGAGAGACGUUGGACUGAGCAAAAUCAAAAUCACUAGACUAACAGCUGCUAUCCCACCCGUGUUUCGAUCUCUUACAUUGAUACUGGGAGGAGCGUAUAUAAAAAGGUUGAGUGAGUAUAAACAUGUUUCCUGUGUCAUACAGUAUACCACUUAGAAGCGUUGCAAUACAACCUCCCUGAAGUUAUUGUAGGCUGUUAUAAGGGGAACGGGAGCAUCAGCAUUCUGGACCAUAAAACCAUAUUCUAUAGGAAACACUGACUCAGAAUAGAAGGUGGGAUCGUUAAGAUAUCACAUGCUACCAUAAUAUAGUGUGCCUUCAGUGCUUUAUGACUGCAACAUUGCUUAUACAUGUAUGAGGACCCAGGUAUAGAAAAAAACAUUUUCUACAAGACACUGGCUCCAUACAGACUACAGUGAACAUAAAUCAAUUAAGUGAAGGGACAGAGGAAUUGAUUGUGUGAAGAGGUGAACUCUAUAUUACAGUACAUCAAUAUGCUGUAUGUUUCUCCUCCAGUAGACGGACGUGCUAGACACCUUACUAGGUUAAGCCUCAUCAAAAAGAAAGCGUAAAUAACCCAAGGACAGACCAAAGAGUUGUGUACUAAAAUAAGGUUAUUUACUUAAAAAUGGAUACAUUGGACAGGCUGUAUAGAGAAUAGUUUUCUUUCCUUGGUAAACUCAAAGGCCCGAUGCUGUACAAAAACACAUUAAAGAUUUACACAUUGAGAUUAUUCUAGAUGGUUUUCUUGCAUGUUACAAACGACAGGAAAACACUAGUUACUGCUUGGGUGAAGUAUUUUUCUUAAAUAUCUACCAUGUACUGUUAGCUUAAUUCACAGAGAAACUGUCCUGACACACACACACACACACUAGGAUUUCAGCGGACAUGCACACAAACAUAAGCACACAUUAUGAGCGCAAACCCACAAGCACUGCUAAAGCUAUGCAGCAUAUAUGUUGUUUUACGCAUUUGUAUGGACAAAAGUGAAGCAAAAGCCAACAUUAGAUAGAAGAGACAGCAGACACAAUAGGACCAGGGACUUGAAAGAGAACGUUUUAAGAAUACACUGGCCAAAACAUAGAGCCUAUGCAAGAGGUUGAACCAUAACUUAUCAGGGGCACAAUCUCUGACGAGGCUUCCUCGUCAUCAUCACACCGGCAAUACGAACUGUCAAGAGGUAAGGACAGUGGUUCAGAUGAGGGGACAUUAAGUUCUCACUUCAUAUUCCUCCUUUCUGUCCUGUAUGAAAAGUGAAAGAUCUAAAAAUGCAGUUCCUCUUGUGGUAAAUGGUAAUCAAUGGGCUGGCUCUACCCUCUGCACUGGCCCACAG